AUGUUCCCCGGCGUUUUCUAUGCGCUCCUGGCGGGGUUUCUCGGGGCUGUCGCAUCUUCAUCUGCAAAGCUGUCACUUGGAGCCGAUUACCUUAAAGGUGUAUGUGAAACGGGGCUACGAACAUGGGGAGAGCAGCGGAAAUUUAGACAACCGGACGAAACUACCGCUUGUGACUGGCUACACAUCCCCCUGAGGCUUCUUUGUGGGGGGCUGCUCUUCACCUGUAAUGCUGUGAUGUGGACAUUCCUUGCUAAGGCUCUCAGGCACUCUUCCUCCUCCAUCCGAACCACUGUGACCACCACCGCUUCCAACUUCAUAUCUUCCGCCUUUUUGGGGCAGCUUAUCUUCGGGGAGACCCAGAUUGCGUUGUGGUGGGUGGGAAUCUCCCUCACGUUCUCUGGCCUCCUGGUGCUUCAGAGGGCGGCCCCCAACGACCGAGCCAGGAAGGACGAAUGA